CAGAAUUUGCUCCAUCGGGCCCUCCUGGUCUUGGGCCUCCCGUAAAAACAAGAAGUUGAAGAUGCAGCUGGGGGGGGAGCUAAGUGACGCGUGUGACACGUAUGUUGCGGUCCCAAGGACGGUGAGCCCCUCGGCCGGACCACGUAGGAGUGAUAGGGUGCCAAUCCCAAAUAUGCAGCCGAAUAGGAGUUGGGCUCGUUACUUUGUUUAUUUGUUUCCUUAGCUAUGUCGGAUUAGGUUCGGUUACUUCCUUUCCAAGUUAUUAUAUGAACCCUAUAUAAGUUUGUUCUCGAAAUAAGAUCGGUAGAAGAAGAAAAAGCCUAAAACCCUUGUGUUAUUUACUUUUCUUGUUCGUGUGCUCCGAUGCUUGGUUCGCCAAUGCAUCAAUUAGUAUCAGAGCCCGGUUCGAAAGAACCGAGCUCGCUACUGCUGCGGCUCCCAGGGCCAGGGAAGGUUGGCGAUCUCCAGAAGCUGUUGGAGAACGCGUCCGGCACCAGCGCUGCGGAAAUCGUCGGUGAUGACCCAACAGGCAACAGCGAUCCGGUGCAACCGACAAACAAAGAGCCGCCCGACGUCGAAAUCACGGUCUUCGCGUUAACCGGAGUCUCUCACCUGACGACGCUGCGGUUUGAAGGAAAGAUUGGGCAACAAGAAUUGUGGCUCUGGUAGACAGCGGGUCUACUCAUAACUUCAUCAGCUGCGAGGUGGCAAAAACCCUAGCUCUCACAGCGAGCCCCAUUCCCCCUUUUUGUGUACAUGUGGCCAACGGAGAGACACUCACCUGUGACCGCUGCUACGAAGUUGUUGCUCUCGCCAUUCAAGGAGAAACUCUCGAGGACAACCUCUACGAGCUACCAAUUAAGGGGAUGGACGUGG